UGCAUUUUCUGCCAAGGGGCACACUUUAACGAUCAAUGUCAUGAAGUGAAAGGUAUCGAAGAAAGGAAGGCAGUUAUAAAGGAUUUGUGUUUUAUUUGUUUGAAACCCAAACACCAUGGCAAGGCCUGCUCCUUUGAAGUAGAAUGCCCGCACUGUAAUCAAAAAGGAAUCCAUAAUAGAGCACUGUGCCCAAAGAAAUUUCAAGCAUAAAUGUAAAGUUGUGUACAAACUACGAUAUAGUUUUUUAUUCUUCCGUCCAAAUAAAUAAAAAGGCAACAGUUAUUAUUAUUCAUUAUUGUUAUCUGGUAAAAUAAAGCUAGACAAUAUUUUUUAAUUGAUCAAAUCUAAUUUGUAUAAAUACCAUCCGGGAGUAUUCAUGAAAGACCUGUAUAAAUGUUAGCAGUCAUAAUAUAUUUUUAAUCAUCUGUUGCUACUAGAUUGAGCUUACAAGAUCUACCGGUGCGUAGCGCGAAACUUAAAUUGCUAUGGGAUUUAGAAUCUAUAGGUAUUACACAUCUUCGUAAUGACAGUCUGGAAGAAUAGGCGGUAGGAUAGUUUAAUGAUUUAAUUUAAUUUUGAACUUUAAUUUCAAUGUUUGAAAAAUCUGUUAAAGCCCUUAGAUUCAAAUUCAUUGUUGUUAUAUGAGCCACAUUUUAAGAAUUGACCUUGAAGAAAGAGUUAGUACUUAGUAUGGAGUUGGUAUUAGUAGUAGUCUCAAUUUAUGAUCCAUGCGAAUAUGCAAUUCCAAUAAUACUACCAGAUAAAAUAUUACAUAAAGAUUUAUGAACGUCUCAUGAAAUGUGCGGUUAAGUAUCUUAAGUUUAAUAAUAUAACUCGACAAUAUUUCUGGACAUAUAGUCAAAGGACUAGAUUUUUUUAAGAAAUAUUUGAAUGAUUGGUUAAUAAUAGUAACGAUUAUAAAUUCUUGUUUGGCGGGGGAGGGUCUCGCGAAAUAAAUUUUAGGUAAAUAGUUAGCCUCUAGACACCAAACAGCCCAAGUAAGAAAGGGAUAUGUCUAGCUAUUAGAGCCAUACAUUUAGAAAUAGUACACGAUUUGACAGCAGAAGAAGGCUUACUUGCUCUUAGAAGAAUGAUAUCGACUAGAGGGGUACCGACAAUCAUAACUUCAGAUAAUGCGUUAUAUUUCAAAUUAAUAUCAGAAAUAGUAACAAAGCCGUAUUGCAUCCAGAAUCAAAUCCAAUGGAGAUUUAUACCAGAAUUGGCUCCAUGGUUUGGCGGUUUCUAUGAAAGAUUAGUAGGCUUGGUUAAACACUGCAUGAAGAGGUCGUUACAGAAACACUUAUUGAAGGAUACACAGUUGAUGACAGUAAUGAAGGAAAUGGAAGCAAUAUUAAAUACGAGACCAUUAACGACUGUAGACACAGAAAUAGAACAUGUUCUCACACCAGCCGACUUCCUUACAGCUGGUAGAUGCAUCACCUUAGUAGGUUCGCAAGAAAAUUUACUACUAGAAGGUACAGCUACAAAGGUAGACCUAGUAAAGAGCUGGAGAAAAGCUAGAAUAGUUCUAGAAGAAUUUAAAGAAAUGUUUGCAAACCAAUAUCUUCCGAGUCUGAGGGAAAGGUAUUGGAAUUCUCCCAAGGAACCCAGAAUAUUAUCGAAAGAGUUACCUAAAGUAGGUCAGAUUGUACAGCUCAAAGAAAAUAAAAAUCGGGAAGAUUGGAAAGUUGGAAAAAUAGUUUCUCUUAUUAGAGGAUCUGAUGGUCAAUGUCGAAUAGCAAAGGUAAAGGUUGGGAACUCUAUAUUUACAAGAUCCAUUACUCACCUAUAUCCAUUGGAAAUAGAAGAGACGUACGAAGAGCAUGGGACACCAUCACUUGCUGAACCGCUAGUCAUGAAGGACGUAGAUGAAAGUACAAGAGCAAAGGACACAUCACCGGUUAAUAUAGAAAUGCCUUUAAUAAACGAAAACGUAGAAUCCGCGGAACGUAUUAAAAAUAAUUCUCAAGUAAUUAACGAAAUUGAAUCACAUAUUGACAACGCAGAGUCGACAAGAGAUGAUAGCACAGUGACAAAUGAAAUUAACAAGAGUUUAGAGGACCAGUCAGAUAAUAGACUACUUCGUACAGCUAAAAUCGAAGCGCUGAAGAAGAUUAAAGAAUGGACAAAUGAGUUGACAAAUCAAUAUCUCUUUUCUUCCGGGGGGGAGUGUCGCGAAACAUCGCGAAAUUAUUAAUAACCUGGCAACACUUAUGUAUAUCGUCUAUAAAUAAAGUACUAUAUAGUCUAUGUAUUGUGAGUGAGUUGAGCACACCUUUCUGUUGAGAGUACCGUGAACAGAAUAUAUCUUGAACGAGUGAGUGAGAUUUACCGAAGUACCAACAUUCCCGGACUAUAAAGUGAUAAUAUGGACGAAAGUACAAAUGCGCGCCAUUUAAGUAGAACUUUUGAAGUUGUGUUCAACUAAAGAUCUAAACAUAUAAAGGAGCAGUCUCUCUGACGUGAUACGAUAAGGAAUUUGCCGCCAUCUAGGAAUGUUGUCUUGGAAGACCACAGUCCGUAUAACACAGAACAUUACAAGGGAACACUUUAUCAGCUGCUUCAUUUAAUAAUGUGCAUAAAGCAUCUGCACAUUCACACGGAUCAUUUAUUGAAACAUUUGGAAGAGAGGAUAUACUGUUUUCAACAAUUGAUUUAAAAUUACCCCAAUCUCCAUCAUUCAACCUAUAUUUAAUUCUUGGACCUUGUUGAGGGAUUUUUAAAUAUUUCUGAGGAAACUUAAUUAAAAUUGGGAAGUGAUCACUACCAAAGGUGGAAUCCAUAGUAUUCCAGGACAAAGUGGAAGCUAAAUUUGGAGUGCAAAUGGAUAAAUCAAUAGCGCUUAAGAUUCCAUCAGGACCAGUGCGAUGUGUUGGAUGACCAGUAUUCAGGAUGCAAAGAUUAUGAGUAUCUAAAAGUUCCAAAACAGCUUCUCCAUUGGAGUUAGAGAUGGAACUGCCCCAUGAUCUAUGAUGUGAAUUGAAGUCCCCUAGCAAUAUAAAUGGCCGAGGUAAAGAAGAAAGCAUAUUAUUAAUUUCAAUGAAAACGAGAGAAGAAGGAUGAGGAAUGUAGAUGGAAACAAAACAUAUAUUGUUAAUAAUGACGGCUAUAAUUGAAUAAUUAUCACUGUGUGGAGGAAGACUUAAAGGAGUGUAUGUCUGGGAUUUUUCUAUAAGUAUGGCUACACCACCAUACCCAUCUGCUCUGUCUUCUCUAAGACAUAUAUAAUUGUGUAUACGAAACAUAGAAUUUGGUUUAAGCCAUGUCUCAGUGAGAGCUAUCACAAAGGGUUCAUAUUUAUUAACAAUGUAAGCUAAGUCACUUUUUUUGCUGAUUACACUGCGGCAAUUCCAUUGGACCAAUUGAUCCAUUAUUAUGUGUGUUAAUGAGAGAGUUUAAUAAUUCAGGGGCAACGUUGGACGGUUCAUCACAAAGAGGUUUAUUAAUCAAUACAUCAGCAAAAGAUCUGUUAACUGAUGGAAAAUUUUUUGCAGCUUCGGCAUAAGAAAUACAAUUCUCAGCCAUGAACAGCUUAAUAUCUUUUUGUCUGUUAAAUUCUGGGCAACAUUUAUUAAUAGCAAAAUGAUUACCAGAACACAAGCAACAUGAGCUGCAAUCCUCUUCCACAUUGCAAGAAUCUCCUGUGUGUCCUUGACCACAUUUAAAACAUCGAGGUUUUGAUCUACAUUGUACUUUCGUGUGGCCAAAGCGACAGCAUGCAAAGCAUUGGACAGUUGGGUAAACAUAUAACGCAACAGGAAGAGUAUUGUAGCACAUAAAUAUACGUUUAGGUAACACUUGUCCAUCAAACGUCAUUACAAUUGUUUGGGAUGGUUUCCAUGUUGGAGAACCUUCCACUAAAACUUUAUAAUUUAACCGUCUCAUUUUUAUAAUUUUACCACAUCCUAUAGGCACUGUAACAUAAUCUAAAACUUCUUCUGGUGACCAUUCUAUAGGGACUCCCGCACCAGUCCCAUUCGUGUAAUAUUAAAUGUGGGAAUAAAGGCUUUAAGAUUUUGUGAAGAUAGA